CAAUAACAACAACCCGGUUACCUCCAGAUUUUUCUUAAGUUUUAUGAAAUAUAAUUCAUUACAUAUUCACUUUAACUUUAGCUAUAGUGAGUUUGCAAGGCUUUUCUUCAUUUGACUUGAGUGAUUGAACCAUUUGCUAAGUGAAUCAAGAUAAUGUUAGUCGCAGUAGUUGGUUGUUUGCACGGUGAACUGGACAAUGUGUAUGAAAAUAUCAAGAAGACGGAAGAGAAAGAAGGAAAGAAAAUAGAUCUUUUAAUUUGUUGCGGUGAUUUUCAAGCUACGCGGAAUAUACAAGAUCUCCGAUGCAUGGCUGUUCCUGCUAAAUAUCAGAAUAUGUGUUCGUUUUACAAGUAUUACUCUGGAGAAAAGUUAGCUCCUGUCCUGACCAUAUUUGUUGGUGGGAACCACGAAGCUUCCAAUUACCUGCAAGAGCUACCUUAUGGAGGAUGGGUUGCGCCUAACGUAUUCUAUCUAGGGUAUGCAGGGGUUGUUAGGUUUGGUGGAUUGAGGAUUGGAGGAAUUUCUGGGAUAUCCAAGGGUGCAGAUUACAUGAAGGGUCAUUUUGAGAAGCCACCGUAUACAGAGCAAACCAAAAGAAGUGUCUACCAUGUCAGAAACUUGGAAGUGUUUCGAAUGAAACAGCUCUCUUCGUCUCUUGAUAUUAUGAUCUCUCAUGAUUGGCCGAAAGGAAUUUGGGAGCAUGGAAACAGAAAUCAACUGCUACGACAUAAACCUUUUUUCAGGGAUGACAUGGAUAAUGAUAAAUUGGGCAGUGAGCCAUGUAGGGAACUGUUGGAUCAUUUGAAGCCGUCCUAUUGGUUAGCAGCUCAUUUACAUACUAAAUUUGUGGCAUUAGUUCCCCAUGUUGAGAAAAAGGAUGAAAAUAUAGACGAACCUGGUCCUAUAAAAUCAACUCGAUUUCUUGCUUUAGAUAAAUGUCUGAAAAGAAAAAGAUAUUUGCAGUUAUUAGAAAUAGCCAGUGAUGAAAGCAAAGCAAAGGUUCUCGAAUAUGACUUAGAAUGGCUGACAAUUUUGUUUUUAACAAAUCACCUGCUGAGUGUUGAAAAAUCCUACCAGUACAUGCCUGGUCCCUGUAAAACUGAGAGGUGGAUUUUUAAACCCAGCCAAGAAGAAAUGGACCUAGUUUUACAAAAAUUCAAUGGUGACCUCACAGUUCCAAGCAAUUUCGUUAGAACCGCAGCUGCUUACUCCAGCCAUAAUCAAACCAGCACUCCCCAGAGAAGUUCUUCUUUAUGUGUGGUUAAUCCUCAAACGACAUCUUUUUGUUCUAAAUUGUGCAUAGAUGACCCACUCGUCUUGUUGAAUGGAGAUGAUUUUGUCCCUUUGACCGAAACACCCUUUGAAUCACCAAGUGUACCUGCAGAAGUCUUUAUUCCCACUUUUGAAUCACCAAGUGUACCUGCAGAAGUCUCUAUCCCCACUUUCGAAUCACCCUCAUUGAGUAUCAGUUUACCAAAGCCAAAAUACGAUGAUUCUCAAACUUCUCUCACGGAUUAUUCUGAACUUUUUGAAACAGCAGUCUCAGACGAUUCUCAGAAUGUCAUCUCUAAUCUCUCGUUCAAUAAUCAAAAUACUCAAGAAUCUCUACUGGAUUCUGAGAGAGAUAUAUCUGUUGCUACCCAGGAUAGCUCAGCAAUCUCUGUCUCCCAAGUAGAAUCCUUAACUGUAUCUGAAGAUGUACCAGGAAAACCUGAUAAUAUACUUGAUGAAGAGUCUGACCUCAAUAGUUCUUUACCGACAAAAAAGAAAUUCAAACGAAGGAAUCAGUCAAUGUAUGCUGUGAGUACUGAUGAUACUUCAAAUUAGUAAUUGAUUUAACAAGUACGAAAGCAGAUCCAUUAAAAAGCUUGUAGCAGAAAUGCGAUUGAGCGGAGCACUAGACAUGAUGCGAAGUUAAGCAUUAUGAUUUCUCAUCAAAAUUUCACGUAAAACCCGAUUUGUGCCAAAAAUAUUAUUGAAAGAAACUCCUUACCAAGAUAAUAAUGUUUUUUGAUGCAUAAAUACAAACUUUUCAGUCAUGAAAAAUCCAUAAUCUACUUGAAUUAAAUCGCACAUUAAACGUUACUGUAACAGUCUCUAUGGUAUGAGAAUAUGGUAGCCUCAAUCUGGGAGCUUCGGCUUAGCUGUUGCUUGUUGUUAACUCUUUGAACAACACAGGGCAGAGAAGGAACACUGCUGGAUCAAGAAACCUGUCGAAACCGCUGUAAUGUGCAAUUUGAUUCACCGAGGCCCUGAUCUUUCUUGCAUGCAGGAAAUUCAAAUCUUUUAUAACAAGCGCUAAAUCAAAACGUCACUAUCUUGGUUAGGAUCGACUCAUGGACCAUUUCGUCGUAGGAGUUAAUGUCAGUAAUUUUUAUUGCGCUAGCUAUGUUUUUGUGAAAUUUUGAAGAGAAAACAUACAUCAGAAUGCUUAAACUUGUACUGUGAUUGCUGGUUCAUCAAAGAAUCUAGUAGUUCAGAAACUAAUACGUUUUUAGAACCGGAUGAAUGUCAAGUUUCUAUGUCCAGCAACUGUAAAGGUAAACCUGUUGACAAAUUACAGAAAAACACAGCGCAUUAUGUCAUCUUGUGUCUAUGCAUAGGCACAGUGAUUUCUUUGUCUUUAGUCUCAUCAGUACUACGCAGCUAACAUUCAUCAUCAAAGUUUCUCCAUGUAACACAUCUUUAUCAAUACAUAUACAUAUGUAGGCUGGAAAAACUUUACAUUUCGAUAUAUCGAAACGUUCUUUACUACUAUGCUCCUUUUCGAGCUACCAUUUAGGCAGGAUUUUUUGACCCAGUCUGUUUAUCUUUGCAGGCUUCAUUAUCAUUAGUUUUGACUCAACAAAAUCAAUCAUAUUGCAGAACCAUUAGAUAUCUUUGUCGGUACUCUUUCUGUUUAAAAAAAAAAAAAAAAAAAAAAAAAAAAAAAAAAAAAAAAAAAACAAUACAGAAGAAGUUCAGCAUGAAUACUUUCUUUUAAUUGGCAUCGAGUGAACCAAUCAACAGUGAAACUCCCAGACCAUGUAUCUUGGUUUGCAACAUUGCAAACUCCCUGUAUUAUUUUAUUUUUCAAAUGAAAAACUACUCGAUGUCAAUGGUUUAAAACUUCUUCUCUUAAACUUUUUCCUCUCUAAGUGAAGAAAAUUCUAUAAAAACUUCAAAGAUUAAUGUUGAUUUGGUCUCUAUCAAAAAAAUAAAAAGGGAGCGGAGAUUUGUAAACACUGCGAACAAGAUACUUGAUUUUGGAAUUUCAUUGUCAAAAUUAAGCCCCCAUUAGUGUUUUAAUUGAGAGAAAAAUUUGACCAUGUUCACAUUUUAUAGAUUCUCUGACUUUUCUAUCUUAAAGCUUAUGUUUUAUGGUUCACCAGUUAACAGUUUAUUAUUGAAAUUGAAAUGAGCCAACAAAGUUGCAUGCAUUUUAAAGCAUCUCGAUUAUUGUAAAGUGAAGGUAACGAGUUAUGUUCUUGUUGAUUAUUUUUACAAUAUUGUUAUUCAUAUUUGUCACCUGUGAUUUAGUAUAUCAUUUUUGUUGCAAUGAACGGGAUCUUAAAAUUUGACUCAAUUUGCAACAGUAAGUGAUUUAGUCGAUGGUUUUAUUAUCAUAAAAGUUUAGCCUCUAAAUUUUUAAAUCAUCGAUUCUUUUUCUUAUUCAUAAAAAGAAUAUACCACUGUGAUCUGCAUGUUUAAUGCUUCAUCACCAGCAAGAAUUAUGAGUGCCUGUUAAACAUUGUAUGAUUCUAGCCAACGGAUAACUAAAUCUUCUGAUACCUGAAAUUCCAUGGCAGCAAUCUCAGUGCUUGGUUAGAACUGCAGAUGCGCAUCCUUAGAACUGAAAGAGGAAUUUGCCACAACAGAAAUAUCAUUUUUACCACGGGAAAAUAUAUAUA